GAGUUUCGUUAUAGUGGUUAGAGGUGACCUUCAUUAGGUGAAUUGUUCAAAUCCGUAUAUUUUUUAACAAACUUCUGCUUAUUUUGAUAUUGUUGUAUUAUAUUUUCUUGAAAUUUCGUAUAAAGAAUAUUUUGAUAAAGAAACAACUUUGUGCCAAUAAUUUGUGCGAUGUCCAGAGAAAGAGCUUCGAGACGGUUCUACCGUGUUGAGUCAAUGAAUAACCUUCUAUCUUGCUUAGAUCGUGGUAUGACUGCAGAAGAACAAAACCAAUGGUCUUUCGAAAUUGCAUGGGAAGCAGCUAAUAAAGUUGGGGGUAUUUAUACUGUCAUCAGAUCUAAGGCAUAUGUGUCAACCGAAGAGAUGGGCGAUCAUUACUGCCUCAUAGGCCCAUACAAAGAACAUUGUGCUAGAACAGAGGUUGAAGAAGGCCCACUUGCUUCUGAACCCAUGAACAAUGCAGUUGAAGUACUGAGACAGAACGGUUUCAAAGUCCAUACCGGAAGAUGGCUUGUGGAUGGAAAUCCACAAAUAAUCCUGAUGGAUAUCGGAUCGGCAGCAUGGAAGUUAGACGAGUAUAAGUCUGAACUUUGGAGCAAAACUAACAUAGGGGUACCCCAUUUGGAUGUAGAAACAAACGAUGCUAUUAUUUUAGGGCAUAUGGUAGCCGAUUUCAUCGCAGAGUUUAGGACUAAAGCUGAAGAAUAUGGGCAGGGUGUUCCACCCCGAAUUGUCACACACUUUCACGAAUGGCAAGCUGGGGUAGGUCUCAUUGUACUGCGUACUAGACAUGUUAAUGUUGCUACAGUAUUCACCACACACGCCACUCUUUUAGGAAGAUAUUUGUGUGCUGGCAACACCGAUUUCUACAAUAAUCUCAGUAAGUUUAGCGUUGAUGAAGAAGCUGGAAAAAGGCAAAUUUAUCAUAGGUAUUGUUUGGAAAGGGCAGCCGCACAUUUAGGCCAUUGCUUCACUACUGUUUCUGAAAUUACAGGCUAUGAAGCGGAGCAUUUGCUCAAAAAGAAACCUGAUGUGAUUACUCCAAAUGGUCUAAAUGUAAAGAAGUUCUCUGCCUUACAUGAAUUUCAAAAUUUGCAUGCUCUUUCCAAAGAAAAAAUUCAUGAAUUUGUGCGUGGACAUUUCUAUGGCCAUUACGACUUCGAUUUAGACAAAACACUUUAUUUUUUUAUUGCUGGACGCUAUGAGUUUGGAAACAAGGGUGCAGACAUCUUCAUUGAAGCGUUAUCAAGACUGAACCAUUAUUUGAAGUCAACUCAUCCUGAUAUAACUGUAGUUGCUUUCAUGAUAUUUCCCGCCAAAACUAAUAAUUUCAAUGUUGAAUCUCUUAGAGGGCAUGCUGUAACUAAAUCGUUAAGGGAUACCAUUAACGAAAUUCAAAAUAAUAUAGGAAAGAGGAUGUAUGAGGUGUGCUUGAGUGGUAGGUUGCCUGAAGGUACUGAACUAUUGCAAAAAGAAGAAAUGGUUCGUCUAAAAAGGUGCAUUUACUCUUUACAAAGGGACGGUUUACCACCUAUAACUACUCACAAUGUGAAUGAUGAUUGGAAUGACCCUGUUCUCAAUUCUGUUCGAAGAUGUAAUCUUUUCAACACAACUAAUGAUCGGGUUAAGAUUGUCUUCCAUCCAGAGUUUCUGAGUUCAACAAAUCCUUUAUUUGGCCUAGACUAUGAAGAAUUUGUUCGAGGUUGCCAUUUGGGUGUUUUUCCCAGCUAUUAUGAACCCUGGGGCUACACCCCAGCCGAGUGUACUGUAAUGGGCAUUCCAAGCAUCACAACGAAUUUAUCAGGAUUUGGUUGUUUUAUGCAAGAACACAUCACAGAUCCUAUGUCUUAUGGCAUCUAUAUAGUUGACCGAAGGUAUAUUUCAGUAGAAAAUUCUGUUCAACAGCUAGCACAAUACAUGUACGAUUUUGCAAGACUUAGUAGACGGCAGAGAAUUAUUCAGAGAAAUAGAACUGAAAGACUCAGCGAUAUGUUGGAUUGGAGAAAUUUAGGAGUGGUUAGUAGUUUCGUUAUCUUUUUCAAGUCCGUCGGUUAGUGUUGUUUCAUAGGCCAAUAAUUUAUUCU